GCAGUUCAUUGAAAGUAUAGCUGCUACUAGCGGAGCUGAGCCCCACUAGCAGCCCUGCCUCUGGAAACGAGAUCCAAGCAAGAGACAGCAAAGCAAACUAUCUAGCUAUCUACGCUCGCUCGCACGCACGGACACGACACGCACAAAAAAAAGAGAGGACUCGCUAAACACCAAAUAGAACCAGAAAAAAAUCCAGCCAAGCCGGAGUCACCAUGUCAAGAGCUGAGGAUGGACGCUGCAGCAACCCAGGCUUGCUCCAAAUCUCAACGCCAGAAGUUGAAAACAGCCUUGGCAGUUCAAAGAAGAUGUGCAUCUCCCGGCAGAUAUUGCUUCUUACGCUCACCUUCCUGGCAUAUACGAUUGAUUCGGUCUCUGCAUACAGUCCUGCCGAAACUCUUUGUGGUGGAGAGCUGGUGGACACACUACAGUUUGUCUGUGGGGAGAGAGGCUUUUAUUUCAGUAGGCCUGUGGGUAGAAACAGAGGAAGACUAAAUCGUGGCAUUGUGGAGGAGUGUUGCUUCCGGAGUUGUGACCUGAAUCUGUUGGAAACUUACUGCGCAAAAUCUGUCAAAUCGGAGCGGGACCUCUCUUCAUCUCUUGUGGUUUUGCCAGCAAUAAACAAGGAUAUCUUCCAAAAGCCUUCCCAUGUCAAGUAUUCCAAAUACGACAUUUGGCAGAAGAAGAGCUCACAGCGCCAUCAGCGGGGGAUUCCCAACGUCCUCCGUGCCCGCAGGUAUCGAUGGCAGACUGAAGGGCUGCAGGAGUCUGAAGAAGCCAAGAACCAUCGCCCGCUGGUCGUCCUGCCGACACAGACACCUCUGCCUGUGCACACCACCUCAGAAACAACAGGCAGCCAGAAGUGAACUGUGCUGAACUAUUUGCAAAAGUGACUAUUAUUAUUUUUUCCCAGUCUCAUGGGAGGUGUUUUCAAGGUCUGGCCCCAGCCUUUUCUCUCUUGCAGACCAAGGUGGAGGGGAGAGAACAAAUGUCCUUUCACACCAAGGAACAACAGAAAAAGGGGCACGGGAACACCAAAAGAAUGGGA